AUCGAUAGUCAAACCAAUUGAUUGAUUGAAGAGUUAAUUAUUAGAGAGUCUAUUGAUUGACGACUAAAACAGUUAUAAAUGAUUUGUAUUAUUGAAUGAACUAAAAGAUGAAUCAAAUCGAUGACAAACUAUUUGUCGGCAAUUAUAUUGCGGCCACUGAUCGGCAACUGUUGACCGACAAUCACAUCCGACUAGUGAUAACUGUUUGCGAUUUCAGAUACGUUUCCGAUCACCAAAUGGAUGGCAUCGAGUACUUUGUGGUCGAUGUCAAUGACACCGAAUGGGCCGAUCUGUUGACAUAUUUCGAGGACACGCGCCGUAAGAUUGCCAAUACUAUAGCCAGAGGUGACAAUGUUUUGGUUCACUGUAGGGCCGGUGUAUCGCGCGGUCCGACAGUAGUGACGGCAUAUUUGAUGGCUACUAAUGGCUGGACAUAUGAACGGGCGUAUCAAUUGGUCAAAUCAAGACGAUCGUCGGUUAACCCGAAUCCGGGAUUUGUUAAUCAACUGAAACUCUACGAACAGAUGAAUCUUCGAUUGGAYGCCAACUACAAGAAGUUUAGACGACAUAUAUUGACAUCUUAUAUGCCAUCGAUUGGACACAAAUUUAUAUUGAAAUACUUUGAACGCAGAAAUUAUGUCGAAAAUCUGUUCACUAUAUCGAUGGGCAAACAAUACCAUUGUAUCGGAUGUGGUAAACACUUAUUCAAUGAGACUCAUGUGAUUGAAAACAAUGUGACGACCGCCGAUGUUGACCAAAAUGGUGACCAAUAUUGCAAUAAACUCUAUAUUGAACCACAAGAAUGGAUGGCUAUGGCGCCCAUUAAUGAUGUGAUUCCGACUCCAGUCAAAUCACUUGUCUGUCCAAACCAUUUGUGUGUCCGAUCAAUAGGUCAGUUGAUCUCAUUUAAUGUAUUUGUUUGUCACUGUCCUCGACAUAAAAGUCUCAGUUGUCUUCACAUUCAAAUAUUUUGCGAUUCAAUCGUUAAAAAAUUUAUUUAA